AUGAUCCUGUAUAGCCAGCGCGCGCGAUCCGCUCCUAAUCCAACUUCCCUCUUUCCCAGCCUCGACGAUGUACGGACUGACGGACCGACAAGCCGCAUUAUCAGCCUCGGAAGAAAGGAAGCAAUGAUGAAAGAACCAACUCUUGCGAGCUUGGAUUCUCUGAAUCUCACUAUCCUUCGUGUCCACUAUGACUGGCUCAUGCAGCAUCUGCAUCUCCGAGCCCGAUACACCUGUCUGUCCGCCGCCACGUAUACUGUUCAGCAUGCCUGGAUAACCAUAUCGCGAGCUAUACCACCAUUGAGCAAGGCGUACAUACCUCUUGGUGCCCAAACUGUCGAGUCCGAUUUCCUCUGGGAGAGCCAGACAGCAACGUCACUCCAUCAUGUUCCACUCAAAUUCAGGCCAUUCAUCACGUCUGCUGUUCGUCGACUCUUCCCAGGCGAGGGAUCCGGCGAACCCGAACCCGAAUCCCGCGGAUCAGAGGGAAUACGCAAAUUGAAGCGUCUACUCAAAUCCAAAUCCAAAGCUAACUACCGACGAAGGAAAGAGAUCGAGCGACUGAAUGAUGCACUGCGCGUGGCAAGGGAUGGGGAACAUAAAGCCAAGGAUGACCGGGCUGUCUGUCAGCGUGAAAAUUACCGCCUGAUGGAUACGCUACGCGUCGCAAGGGAUAGGGAACAGAAAGCCAAGGAUGACCGAGCUGCCUGUCAGCGUGAAAAUUACCGCCUGAUGGAUGAGCUCAGGUCUGAACGUCAGCGUGAUCCAUUGAAGGAGCUGGAUCCGGAUUUGAAAGUCGUAUUUGGCAUUGGGCUUCUAACCGUUGGGGUAAUCAUGAUUUGUUUGAUGGUCAUUGCAUUCAAAGUGAUAAAGAAGAUACCCUUCCAGACUUUAUUCAACUGGUGUAUGAUCUUCCUCCGUCACGCGCUGAAUACGAUGUACCGCCAUUGGGUGGAACAUGGGUACCCUCUCCUCUUACAGUUGUUGGAACAUUGCUCAGACCCGGAAUUGACUGAAGGAAAGGAUGGACAGACAUGAGUAAUUUUUGUACUAGAAACAUCAGAAAAAUGCAGCAG